UUGAUUUGUAAAAGGCCAAACUACGUGGGUAAACAAAUGCCAUUCCCUCUUCCUACUUUGAGUUCGUCGUUUUGUGCUGAGGAGGUGCCGUAGGCUGUUGCUGAUUGGUACCUCCUGUUUUCACACUGAACAAGCAUAUUCUUAAGCCUCAGGACAGAUUACUUUUUCUGAGCUACCUGCGCUGAAUAGAACAGAAACCCACAGCAGAACUCUCUGGCUGCAGUUAUUGACGAUCAGUGAUCAUCAAGAGAUGAGGAUAAGCUGCAUAAUCAAAUGGAUACUGUUUGCAUUCUGCUAUGUCUUAUGGGUAGCAAGUGGCCUGAUGAUAUCUGUGGGCAUCUACGCAAAGACAGCAUCUGAGGGAGAUGCAGUGGAUUCUCUGAUCACGGAUCCCGCAUUGAUCCUAAUCAUUGUGGGAUGUUUAAUGUUCUGCAUCACUUUUCUAGGCUGCACUGGAGCACUGCGUAAUAAUCAAAUUCUGCUUAAAAUUUUUAUGGGAUUCCUCCUGUUCAUCCUGCUGGUUCAGAUAAUAGGUGCUGCACUUGGCUUCAUAUUCUCCAAAAAGGUCAAAACGAAAACUGUGGCUUUGUUCAAGAAAGGGAUUAUCAGAUACAGGGAUGACCUGGACCUGCAAAAUCUGAUUGAUUUCAUCCAGGAAAAGUUCAAAUGUUGCGGGGUGUCUGACUAUAGGGACUGGUCUUCGAAUGUGUACUUUAGUUGUCAGGGUGACAAUCCCAGUCUCGAGCGAUGUGGAGUGCCAUUUUCUUGUUGUAUCAUGAACACUGAUGAGGUUGUCAACACAAUGUGUGGUUAUGAGACUCAGUCAAAGGAAGCUUUGUCAGCCCACAAAAUAAUUUACAUGAAAGGAUGCUUGGAGAACAUCGUCAACUGGGGACAUGAGAACCUGAAUUUUAUUGGUGGAGUGUGUGUCAGCCUGCUUUUGGUGGAGGUUGCGAUGAUCAUAUUGGCAGUGGUGUUACUGAAAAAAAUCAAGUACUUCAAGAAACGAAAAGCUCAAAGUCAGACUACGUCAUAACCUCUGCUUCCAGAGCCAGGUGUCAUAUCGCAAUGUCCAGGGAAAGAGCAACAGCUGGUCUUUGUGAAGAUCUCCUCUGACUGUGCUGGACCUUUACCAUUAUCGUAGAGUUAUUUUACUACCGAGCAGUGAUUGACAGCCGGAGCCCCAUACCAACUAUAUUAGCUGUCCCAGUUUUGGUAAACUGAUCAGUUGGAGACCUCCUACUCUACAUUGCCCAUUACUUUAACAGGGCCCGUGGUUAGGAUGUGGUUAGGAUGUACUCCAUUAAUUUUGAAUGCACAGUCUCUACAAGUCAUUGUUCAGUAUCUAAUCUGGAAAUUCACACAUUAGGCUAGAAAUUCAUGUGCCCCAUUGUUCAGCAAUGGUCUGCCGUUCACAACCUGCCCAUACCUGGUGUGAAUGCAUUGGGUAUUCAAUCUCUCCAGCAGUAAUGUGUGUUCAGGUGGAUUCUCCACACUUUCUUUCUCCUCCCUCUCCUUUUCCCUGUCACUGGCUACCACUGUCCCCCUUGGCAUUGUGCAGAAUAUUCAACAUAGUCUCUCCAGACCUUCUUAAAGACAAGCUAUCUCCCUUAAAGGCGAAAGUGAGGACUGCAGAUGCUGGAGAUCAGAUUCUGGAUUAGAGUUGCUGGAAAAGCACAGCAGUUCAGGCAGCAUCCGGAAGCAGCAAAAUCAACGUUUCAGGCAGGAGCUCUACACCAGGAAUGCCAGCUAUACGCUGCCAAACCGCAGGCUGCUAGUAAAGUCCUUUGCAAUAUGCUAGCUGCAAUGAAAUGGGGCUCACCUAGCCCAGCUGCACUAUCUUGGUCACUCUAACAUGAGCUGAAAAAUUUGUUGCUGGAAAAACACAGCAGGUCAGGCAGCAUCAAAGGAGCAGGAGAAUUAACAUUUCGGACAUAAGCCCUUCUUCAGGAAUCGAUUCUCCUGCUCGUUUGAUGCUGCCUGACCUGCUGCGCUAUUCCAGCAACACAUUUUUCAGCUCUGAUCUCCAGCAUCUGCAGUCCUCACUUUCAUUCUAACAUGAGGCUAGAGCCCAGAAAAAGCAAUCCAGGACUUGUGGAAAGAUGGUGUGAUGGGAGUGGGUCAUCUUUGUGCAACACUCCAAAAAAACGGGAGUGGCACUUGGUGCCAAGGAGGGAAUGCCGCAGGCCUCAUCAAAGUAGCAUUUGAGUUUUGGUGUUAGUCCUAUCCCUUCAGGGCAUGUCCCACUGCACCACCAACAUUCUAAAUUGCCCAAAUGCCUGACACAGGUCAUGUGACAAGAAGCUCUUGUGUUGGCAAUGGAAAGUGCCAGAGCCAAUUGUAUUCAUCAAAUCAAAAUUCUUGAGGUUCCUGUCCCUAUAACUGGGUCUUCACACCCCAGUGAGAGAGGGCUGUCAUCAUCCCACAGCACGGCUGCACCAUGUGACAUUGUGUGGAGAUGUUUCACUGGGACUGGCUGAAUAAUGCCAGAGGUGUUCACAUUGAGAUUGAUGGUGAACAUGGUCCCCAAUGGGAUGACCAUCCUCAUCCUGCUGCCAGGUCCCAGCCUGAGGGGGUGGCAUCACUGGGUGACCACGCGCCUGGUGAAUCAGCAGCUCCUGAGGAAAAGUGCCCGUGGAAGACUAACUGACAUUGGAUAUUGUGUCCUCACUUUUGUCCCUCUCAGAACAUUUCCUGUUUUCCUCAGCCUUCUUUCUCAGUCCUGUUGAAAAUCGCAAUAACAUCCCUCUAUACCUGGGUCACUUAGUCGUCUCUCUCCUCCGCGGCUGUGUUCAGUUAUUAUCAAAAACAAACACCUUCAAUACUCCAGCAGAGUGUUUCUGCUAGCUUCAAUCCAGCAAAGGGAAGCCAAAAGCAUCUCACCUUGCUGAGUGGUCUUUUAAAUCAGCCCUUCCCCAUGCUCUGCCUCAGAACAAUACACAUGUUUAGUCAGUUAUGUGUCACAGUUUGUAGCCAAGGGAUACAGAAUGUAAAUUUGAUAUCCUGGUGUCACAUCAAGGCCUUGAGUUUUUUUUAAGAUUAGACUCGAUUCCCUACAGUAUGGAAACAGACCCUUCCACCCAACCAGUCCACACCAACCCUCCGAAGAGUAACCCACCCAGACCCGUUUCCCUCUGACUAGUGCACCGAACACUAUGGGGCAAUUUAGCAUGGCCAGUUCACCUGACCUGCACAUCUUUGGACUGUGGGAGGAAACCACUGAGACACCGUGAGUUGUGUGACACGAAUAUUGCACAACUUCAGAAAAGUCAGCAGACACCUGGACAGCCUUAUUUACCCAGGCCACACAGUAAAUGACCACUGAAUUCUCACACCCACAAACCCCUACACUGGGUCUUGCAUAAGAGCAAUAAAUUUCACACUCAGUUACACAGCAAUUGUUUCCGUCUCUCGCAAUUCUGGUGUCACACUCUGUAAUGGACCUCGAAAACCAAACACAGCAACACUCCAGGAACAACAGUAUCAGAGCCACAAUGUCUGCAGUCUCCUGAAAAUGCAUUAUCUAUCUAUAAUAAAUCUAUCUAUAAUAAUA